ACCUGUUCCAAAUGGUCUGGUCAUUCAUAAUAAAACAAAUAUCUCAUUGCAUAUGUUUUCUGCACAUAAACGUAUAAAUAAUAUUACGACUCUUCUAUAUAAUAGUAAUUAUUGUUUUCAGUGUUUGCUCCAGUGCGUCUACAAGAAAGUGAAAGCAGUUGAUGAAACUGGUUUUCCAGUAGUCGAUGGUUUAAUGAAACUGUACAAYGAAGGUGUCCAGGACAGAAACUACUACAUUGCUACUUUAUCCGCAGUUAGGCAUUGUAUUUCCAUCGCACAACAGCUAAAGCAGCAACAACCUACCAAAAGUUUCGAUGACGGACAGACUUGUGAUCUUGCAUAUGAAAUGUUUGAAUGCGUCAGUGAAAAAAUCGAAGAAAACUGUGGAGUUGAGAAUAAGUUAAAUAACUUAAGCCAACGUCAAGUUUAAAAAGAUUUCUUUGACUUUAUAAUAUAUUCCAACACUGUACAUAACUAACUAUCUUUAUAAUUGUUAUUAAUUAAUAUAAUCUUAUUUUAUUUAAAUUCAAAUCAACUUUCGUUGCUGUGUUAAUUA